AUGGCUCCCCCGGUGCUCCGGCUCCCCGAGGAGCCGGCCGGGAAUUCGCCCCGCUUCCUCCCUUCCAAGGUCGUGCAAAUAACCGGGCACGCCGAACGGCGGAGACCCAACGCCAAGAGAGAGCCUCGGGGUCAAUCGCGUCCCGCAACACCGAGGCACGCCCGAGCCGCUGCCCGUUCCCCGCCUUUCCAGCCCGCCGCUUGUUCUGCCGGCGGAGGGAUCGAAUCCUUUGGCUUUUCCUUCCUGUGUGUUUUAGAUGCCAAGUGGAAAACGAUAACUGGCCAAAUUAAGAAAGCUGUGGAAGCCUAUGAGCCGUGUGUAAAGGAAAAUUGCAGCUGCCACCAAAGUGUCUGGAAGCAGGACCUGGCUCCUUUUCGAGGUGGCAUUUCCAAGGAGACAAUAUCAGAUGUGGUGAGCCGGAAGCUCGGGACCCACUACCAAAUAAUUAAAAACAAACUGUAUCGUGAGCAGGACUGCAUGUUCCCUGCAAGAUGCAGUGGAGUUGAGCACUUCAUUCUGGGGGUCAUCCACCGCCUCCCUGACAUGGAAAUGGUGAUCAAUGUGCGAGACUACCCCCAGGCUCCCAAGUGGAUGAAACCCAUUAUCCCAGUCUUCUCCUUCAGCAAGACAUCUGAAUACAAUGAUAUCAUGUAUCCUGCCUGGACAUUUUGGGAAGGAGGACCAGCUGUUUGGCCAAUUUAUCCAACAGGUUUAGGGCGCUGGGAUCUCAUGAGAGAGGACCUCAGAAGAUCUGCAGAAAAAUGGCCAUGGGAGAAAAAAAUCUCUAAGGGAUAUUUCCGAGGAUCCAGAACAAGCCCUGAGAGAGAUCCUCUCAUCCUGCUGUCCCGAGAAAACCCGGAACUUGUUGACGCUGAGUACACUAAAAACCAGGCUUGGAAAUCUGAAAAGGACACCUUAGGAAAGCCUCCUGCAAAGGAAAUUCCAUUGGUUGAUCACUGCAAAUACAAGUACCUGUUUAAUUUCCGCGGUGUGGCGGCCAGUUUCCGCUUGAAACACCUUUUCCUGUGCGGCUCACUCGUCUUUCAUGUUGGAGAAGAGUGGUUGGAGUUCUUCUACCCCCAGCUGAAGCCUUGGGUCCACUACAUCCCGGUGCAGUCAGAUCUCUCUGAUGUCAGGGAACUCUUACAGUUUGUAAAGGAAAAUGAUGCCAUAGCACAAGAAAUUUCAGAGAGGGGACGUCGGUUCAUCACUGAGCACUUGGAGAUGGAGGACAUCUCUUGCUACUGGGAACAUCUGCUGUCUGAAUAUUCCCAAACCUUGACUUAUAAAGUGAAAAGGAGGAAGAGCUACAGCGAGAUCACUUCUGGACAGCUGAAAACAGAACUGUAGAGACUUCUCUGUUUUUCUCUUCAGCUCAAACUGAUCACUGUGGAAAUCUGAAGAUCAAUAUUAACUUAUCUCUUGGUCUCUCAGACUUACCUUUUACACUAGAACUACAGAGGACAGCAGUAGGCUGACUUUGACAUUGCUUCCAGGCAGUGGGACCUGGUUAUAUUGUCACCACAAGAAUGUUAAGCAGCAUGUUGAAUUAUGGCUAUUUAAUGGGGUGGUCAGUCAUGCCUAGAGGAGGGGUGCUAGCAUUUAGGACUUAGUUACUACCUGUCUCAGAAUGAUCCUAAAUUCCUUUCAGUUGAUGAGAAAAGUCCUUACUGGACUUUUUACCAGAAGUCAUGGCAAAGGACACAGACUGUGAGCUGCACUCAGCUGGCAAAUACUUGCCCCUUCGGUUUGGCAAAUGUUUUCUCAGCUGGGUGAUAGCACUUGGGGUUUUAGGUGUUCUCUGACAGAAACAGGUACUGGGAUUUGGGGGUAACCUUUUUCGAUAGCUUAGAGUUGAUGUUUAUGUUGGGUUUUAGAGGUGAAAGUUCUUAAAAGUAUCCUUGGAAGGAUAACUGAUCCUUGCAGAGUUACCCUACCUACCUCACAGGGGAGCAGCAGGUGCUGGUGAUGUGCUUGGUAAUCACUGAUUUGAUUGCCAAGAGGUGGUUCAUCCUCCAACAGAUGAGCUGGGUGCCUGCACAGCCCUGCACAACUGAGCCCCUGUUAAUUAUCUCUCACCAGCUGCCUGGCCAGACAUUCUAGGACCCUUAGGAACCCAGAGGAAGUACUCACAGAGGUAGAUUCAGCACUUAUUUUUUUCCAAAAGUGCAGAGUCUGCUCUGAUCCCCUUCUGAAAUCUUUCUAGGAUUAUUUUGGGGUUUUUUUGGUUUGGGGUUUUGUUGAGACUGGUAAUACAUCUGGUUACUUCAGUACUUGCUUUUCUUCCCCACAGCUGUACUACUUCUUUUCUCAUCUCCUUCAGCCUGGUUGAGGGAAUGUCUUCAGUCACACAGUAGCAGCUACUGCUCACAUUACCCAUUUUGAGUUCAGUCACAGGCUGCUUGUUUUUGCUGUGUUUAUGCCCACCACAGCCUCUCAGGCCAGGACUGUAAUUCCUGAAAUGCUCUGUGCCCCCUAAGGCAAGAGGCUGGGAGGGAACAGCAUCUUCUCUGGCAGCCAGACAGGAGAGUGGGUGUCAGGAGGGACACAGGAGCCUCCCAGGGGAGCACCCUUGAUGGUAAAGCAGCCUCAAGGCUGAGAGAAGCACAUUAUCAUGGAAGAGGAUGAUAGCAACAGCUCUCAGCCAGUCUGCAGUCUGUGUGGAUUAGGGAAGAAGGAAAUUGUAUGGAACAAUAACAUUUAAGUGCACAUGUGCCCUCUCAGAGGCCUUGCAGCCCUGGUACAGGGACACAGCAGCUGACCCUAUUGAUCAAAUGCAGGUUGCUGGGGCAGCGUGUUGGUUUUGGGACCAGUGCUGGGGUUAUCCCACCCAGCAAAGGAAACAGAAUAGGACAUUAAAAGAGCUUGGUUUCCCAGGAAAACUGUGCCAGAGUGGAAAGGGUUUUCUGGUUUUCUAUUUUUAGCCAAUGGAGAGACAGCACUCCAAGAAACUGAACAGCUCUGUAUGAUAUUUUAAAACCAUUUGGAAAGAAGUGCUUUUUGGAAUAAAACAAACAAAAAUGAAA